AUGGCUGCCUCGCCGGGCCACCUGAAUGUGAUGGAAAAGGCGAAGAACAUAUCGGAGAGCGACUGCUUCCGCACCCGGAGCACCGUCCUGCAGGGGCAGCCCUUUGGUGGCAUCCCCACCGUGCUGUUCAUCAACAUCAUCUUGUGGCUGGUCAUCAUUUUCAUUUACUCCUUCCUCCGGAAAGCUGCGUGGGACUAUGGGCGCCUGGGCCUGCUGAUACACAAUGACAGCCUGGCCUCGCUGAUCCACGGGGAGCACAGUGAGAAGCCAUCUCCCUCCGAGGUGCCCCUGGAGAUGGAAUACAAGGACAAGGGCUCCUACUCCUGGUUCUUCAACACCCUCACCAUGAAGAACAGAGAUCUGAUCAGCAAAUGUGGAGAUGAUGCCCGCAUUUACAUCAUGUUCCAGUAUCACCUCAUCAUCUACAUGCUCCUCCUCUGCGUCCCCUCCUUGUGCAUUAUUCUGCCCAUCAACUACAACGGGAAUGUGCUGGACUGGCAUAGUCACUUUGGUCGGACCACCAUUGCCAAUGUCUCCACAGAUAGUAAGAUCCUGUGGCUGCACAGCUUCUUUGCCUUCUUGUACUUCAUCAUCAACCUGUUCUUCAUGGCUCAUCAUUGCUUAGGGUUUGUGCCCAAGAGGAGCUCGGUCAACAGAACACUGAUGAUCACCUAUGUCCCCAUAGAGAUCCAAGACCCUGAUCUCAUCAUAAAGCAUUUUCACGAGGCCUAUCCAGGGUGCGUAGUGACCAGAGUCCACUUCUGCUAUGACGUCAAGGACCUCAUUGACUUGGACGAUCAGAGGCGCCAUGCGAUGCGGGGCCGCCUCUACUACACAGCCAAGGCCAAGAAGCAUGGGAGGGUGAUGAUCAGGAUCCACCCCUGUUCCCGCCUGUGCUUUUGCAAAUGUUGGACCUGCUUCAAAGAGGUAGAUGCAGAGCAAUAUUACAGUGAGCUGGAGGAGCAGCUGACCGAUGAGUUCAACGCCGAGCUCAGCCGCGUUCCGAUGAAGCGCCUGGACCUGAUCUUUGUCACCUUCCAGGACGUCAAGAUGUCGACGCGCAUCGUAAGGGACUACAAGUUUUCCCCGUGUGGGGUGUACCCCCAACAGUCCUCCAUGACCACCACCAUCAAAUCCCACCGCUGGAGGGUUACCUUUGCCCCACACCCCAAAGACAUUAUUUGGAAACACCUGUCUGUCCGCCGCUUCAAAUGGUGGGUCCGCUUCAUCAUAAUCAACACCUUCCUCUUCCUCUUCUUUUUCUUCCUCACCACGCCCGCCAUCGUCAUCACUACCAUCGACAUGUAUAACGUCACCCGUCCCCUCGAGAAGCUACAGAGCCCCAUCAUAACCCAGUUCUUCCCCUCCCUGAUGCUCUGGACCUUUACAGUGGUAAUGCCUCUGAUUGUCUUCUUCUCUGCCUUCCUGGAGGCCCACUGGACCAGUUCAAAUCAGAAUCUGGUCAUUGUGUAUAAGUGCUACAUCUUUCUCGUGUUCAUGGUGAUCAUUCUGCCCUCUAUGGGACUGACCAGUUUGGAUGUCUUUCUCCGCUGGCUCUAUGACAUCUACUACCUGGAAGAGGCAACCAUCAGGUUCCAGUGUGUGUUCCUGCCAGACAACGGCGCCUUCUUCGUCAACUACGUGAUCACGUCAUCUCUGUUUGGCACCGGCAUGGAUAUGCUGCGCCCGGGGUCCCUCGUGAUGUACAGCACCCGCCUCUUCUUCUCCCAGUCGGAGCCAGCGAGAGUCCACAUCAGGAAGGACCAGGCCUCGGAGUUCCAGUUCGGGCGUGAGUACGCGUGGAUGAUGAACGUCUUCAGCGUGGUGGUGGCGUACAGCAUCACCUGCCCCGUCAUUGUCCCUUUCGGGCUGCUGUACCUGUGCAUGAAGCACAUCUCGGACCGCUAUAACAUGUACUACUCCUACGUGCCCACCAAGCUCAAUGAGCAGAUCCACAUGGCCGCCGUCAACCAGGCCAUAUUCGCGCCGCUGCUGGGUCUGUUCUGGAUGCUCUUCUUCUCCUUCCUACGAUUAGGUUCACUGCACAGCAUCACCAUCUUCUCCCUCUCCUGCCUUGUCGUUGCCAUGGUAAUUGCCUUCCUGGGCACUCUGAUAGGGAGGCUGCCGAAGACACAGGAAGAGCGGGAAGAGGAGACGGAGACCGUGUUUGACAAGGAGCCAAGCAGCACCCCCUCCACGCCCACCUCCCUUCUAUAUGUGGCCACUGUGCUGCAAGACCCGGAGAUGAACCUGACCCCAGCCUCUUCGCCCGCCCAGCACACCUAUGGCACCAUGAACAGAACGCCAGAAGAGGAAGAAGAGGAGAGCGGUAUGAUGGGCUUUGGACAGGAGCUGGACUCGGCCCAGUUCCAGGAGGGCCUGGAAUUGGAGGACCCGAGCCAGUACCACUGA